AUGGCAGAACGACGAUUGACUUGUCUGGAACGAAGCCUCUCAAAGAAACCGGAAUUAUACGCGAACGUCCGUCAACAGAUACUCGACUAUCAAGCAAAGGGUUACGCGCACAAGCUAACCGAUGAAGAAACUAACCGCAGUGAACCAAAAAAGGUGUGGUAUUUGCCGCUAGGAGUCGUGCAGAACCCGAACAAACCCGGAAAAGUUCGGGUCAUAUGGGAUGCUGCCGCCAAAACUGGUGGUGUUUCACUGAACUCAAUGCUUCUGCCGGGCCCGGAUCUUCUCACUUCGCUUCCAUCUGUAUUGUUCCGCUUUCGCCAACGAGAGGUUGCCGUCACAGGCGACAUUAAGGAAAUGUUCCACCAGAUUAUCAUUCGUCCGGAAGAUCGACAGGCCCAGCGUUUCCUGUGGCGGGACAGUCAGGAAGACCCGAUUCAGGAAUACGUCAUGGACGUAGCCACGUUUGGGUCUACAUGUUCGCCAUGUUCUGCCCAAUACGUAAAGAACAAAAACGCUGAGGAAUGGAAGCAGAGAUAUCCCGAAGCAGCUGCUGCAAUAGUAGAGAAUACCUAUGUAGAUGAUUAUGCAAACAGUGCAGAUACGGUUGAAGAAGCAGUUCGCGUAGCACUCGAAGUGAAGAAGAUUCAUGCUAGCGCGGGCUUUGUAAUUCGGAAUUGGCUCUCGAAUUCCGGACAAGUUCUUCGACGGGUCGGGGAACAAGGUUCAGAAACCACGAAAACCUUUUCAGUGGGAAAGUCAGCCGAUGCAGAACGAGUUCUGGGUAUAACCUGGCUUCCAGAAUAUGACAGCCUCAUGUUCGCCGCCAAGUUUCGCCCUGAUAUUCAACAUCUACUAGACGAAGACAUGAUUCCAACCAAGCGUCAGGUGCUCAGGGUCGUGAUGAAUAUUUUUGACCCCCUCGGACUGGUGGCGGCCAGUGAAGAGAAUUGCGUCGACUGGGACGACCAGAUUCCACCGGAGAUAAUCGAUCAAUGGCGGCGAUGGGUCGAGGUGCUUCGUAAUCUAGACCACGUGGAGAUCCCGCGCUGUUACUUCCCUGGAUACGACCCACGCAGCCUUCAGAGCCUGGAACUUCAUGUUUUUGUCGAUGCGAGUGAGGCAGCGUAUACGAGUGCCGCAUAUUUUCGAAUCGUCGAUCGUGGGCAUGUCCGCUGCGCACUUGUUGCUGCCAAAACUAAAGUGGCCCCUCGGUCAGUUCCCCGGCUAGAGUUACAGGCUGCAGUCAUUGGAGUAAGAUUAAUGAAGUCGGUUCAGGAGCAUCACACCUUACCGAUCAGUCGUCGUGUGAUCUGGGGUGACUCGAAAACGGUGCAGGUCAGCGAGAUCCUUAGCGAAACGAGUACAGACGAAUGGCGAUGGGUUCCGACGCGGCUCAAUGUUGCAGAUGAGGCCACAAAAUGGGGCAAAGGACCAUGCUUCCAAACUGACAGUCGGUGGUUUGUUGGCCCUGAAUUUCUGUACAAGGACGAAUCUGAAUGGCCUAUACAAGAGUCCUCCCCGCCGGACACUUCGGAAGAAAUGCGCGUGGUUCACGCUCACCAUCGAGUGGCUCCGGAAUCUCUGAUUAAAUAUCACCGGUUUUCCAAAUAUCAACGGCUGCUGCGGACCGUAGGAUUCGUUCUUCGCUUCAUUGAUUCCUGCCGUAAAAGAAUUGAUCCCGAACGGCGUCAUUCCAGGACAUUGUCAAAAGAAGAACUGUUGAAAGCAGAAGUUGUGCUGUGGAAGCUGGUGCAGGCCGAAGAAUACUCUGAAGAGCUAACAACAUUGCGCAGAAAUCAUCAGUUGUCACCGGAAUGCGGCAAGCGGCUGGAGAAAAGCAGUCCACUGCGAAAGUUGUCAGUAUUUUUGGACGAACAAGGAGUCUUGCGGAUCGAAGGACGAAUUGGUGCGGCCAAAUGUGUUCCAUACGGGUCCAAGUUUCCCGUGAUUCUUCCGAAAAAGCACCGUUUCACCGAGUUACUCGUUGAAUUCUUCCAUCAGCGCUACGCACACGGAUUUGGAGAAACAGUAACGAAUGAACUACGACAGAGUUUUCACAUCCCAAGUUUGAGAACAGUUGUUGGGAAAGUGGCUAGGAGUUGUCCAUGGUGUACCGUAUAUCGCGCUGUACCGAAGGCACCUCGAAUGGCACCUCUUCCAGCAGUACGAGUGACCCCUUAUGUCCGGCCAUUUACAUUCAUCGGAAUCAACUACUGUGGACCGUUCAUGAUUCGGAUCGGCAGAAGCAGCGUAAAACGUUGGGUUGUGCUCAUCACCUGCUUGACGGUACGAGCCGUACACCUAGAAGUCGCCAGCAGCAUGUCCAGCGAGUCGUGUAAGAUGGCGAUCAGGCGGUUUAUAGCCAGGAGAGGUGCUCCACAGGAGAUUUAUAGUGAUCAGGGCACGAACUUCAUCGGAGCGAGCAGAGUGCUAAAAGCGGAAGUUGCAACGGUGAAUCGUGUCUUGGCAGGAAGUUUUACCAACCGUGACACUCAAUGGCGGUUCAAUCCUCCCGCCGCCCCGCACAUGGGUGGCGUGUGGGAACGCCUAGUACGAACCGUGAAGACUUCGUUGGAAUCUCUGUCGAUCAUCAAAACACCGGACGAAGAAACUUUCAACACUCUCCUCAUUGAAGUCGAAGGAAUCGUCAAUUCCAGGCCGUUGACGUUUGUGCCUCUAGAAACGGAAGAUGAUGAAGCGCUUACGCCCAACCACUUCCUUAUGCUGAGCUCAAAUGGCGUUUGCCAGCCACCGCAAAUGCCAGCAAAGGACAGUGGUCGGUCGCUUCGGGCUAAUUGGGACCAGGUGCGAUGCUUACUGGAUGAAUUUUGGAGCAAGUGGAUCAAGGGAUACCUGCCUACCAUCUGCCAUCGCACGAAGUGGUUCGACGACACCAAGCCAGUCAACGUUGGAGACCUGGUGUUCAUAGUCGAUGAAGGUAUACGGAACAGCUGGAUACGCGGAAAGGUGGUGAAGGUGAUCCCUGGCAGCGAUGGAAGAGUACGAAGAGUUGAUGUGCAGACGAACAACGGAGUGUUGCAGAGACCAGUUACCAGUUGGAGAGUGAUCGUGGACUUGCUAGCCGUAGUUCGGGUCACCGUUGCUGUUGUCCACGUCCUCGCCGUCGUCGUCGUCGCCGUUGAUUAA